ACGUAUUUCCAGGGAAACGUAUUUCCGCCCUCUGUUGCCUGUGGUCUCUGCAAGAAGCGGACUCAGUUUCCCGGGUGGCGCUGCGGCACCGGUUCGUAAAUCUCAUUCUCCGCCUACCAGAGUUUGAACUCUUGAGCGGCACUUGUCACUGAUUUAGUGGUGAUACCGUCCUUGAUUUGUGGAUGUCUCAGCCAAAAUUCGGUUCAUUCUAUCCUCUGUAUCUGUGUAUAAUCUAGGUUUGUUGUUGUUUUGUUGUUCUUGUUGUUUUACCCGCUUUCCAAGUACUCCGUUCCGUAGUUCUAGAUUCGCAGUAUUGCUAUCGUACUGUAUCUGGAGCCCUAGUAUAUUCCCGCUUUCCUCAUUUCCAUCUAACUCUGUGGCUUGUCCUGGGCUGUUCCGCGGGUAUUUCGGUCUGGGAGAACAAGAACAGGAAAAGUCACGGACGCAAUUUCAAGUGCUCCAGGAUGAGCAGGGGCUCUAGCUGGUCUGAUCAGCUUCAAGCAGUUCUCAGUUCAACUGAUGAAAAUAUGGCCCGGAUUAAGAGUUUGUAUCCUCUUCGAGUUUCCUUUACAGACAGACCCUGCUCUUGUCCCUUCCCUAUUCCCUCAAUAGGGGACCUGGCUGACACCUGGAUUUCCCCUCAUCACUUGCCUCCUCAGCCAGGGGCCCAAGCUCAACAGCCUUGGGCUCUAAAGACUCCCAUUCUUGGUGAGAGUCUGAGCUGUACUGAAGCCCACAGCUCCUCUCUCUGGGAUGAAGUUACUAAACUUCGCUCCCAGCUUCAGACUCAGACUCAGGUGACUGAGGCACUAAGGCAUUCUGUGCAGAGCCUGUUGAAGGAUCGGGAGCAGCAGAUGUUCAAGAUCAGUGCUCUAGAAGCAUCACUAAAACUGCUGCAGGAGGGCCCAAAAGGGAGAGCCCUCCUGGAGCAACGCCUGGAAGGGUUGAGAAAGGAACUGCAAGGCCUUCGGAGUCAGGUUCAAGAGCUAGUCCAAACCCAAAUGAGAACAAGACCAGGGAAGUUCAGCACUGCCAGUGGCUUUCACCAAGAGCUGCAGAACGAGCACCAACUUUUGUGGGAAGAGUCAGAGAUUCUUCGGGAGGAGCUGAAGUUGCUUCGAGACCAGCUGAGCCAACAUCAGGAGUUGUUACUGGAACAGAUGGCUGAAGGGCGCCAGGUUCAGGCCCGCAGCUGGAAGACGUUGGAACACCUACAGAGUGGCCAGAUGGGCAAGGUUCAUACCUUGGAGGUUACCAGGACAGAGGCCCAUGAUGCCCAGAAGGAAGAGCCCUAUCUCCUCAGCUCUGAAGUCAGUCUCCCAGACUGUGACCGUAGCUGGGAACUUUUAAAGAAACUAGAUAGGGAACUCCAGAACAACUCCCUUUCUAACCUGGAACCUAGCAGCUCUCAGUUCCAUGCCCAGGAUGUUGGGCUAGAAGACCUGUUCCUUCAUGGCCCCAGGAUCUUCCAGAGUGACCUGUAAGAGCUUGUGAGAAAAUGGGAUGCAGCUUCUCUCCAAGGCCGCCUUUGCAUCCCCUCUGGUAGGUGCCCUCUUUAUGGAGGCAUCUCACUCUCCAGCCAUUCCUGCUCCCCGGCUAAUUCAAAAUAAAGUGGCUUAGUUCUCCCUGA